CCUAAGAGAGCCUCCCUGAGCAGGCUAUUUUUGGCCCUCAUGACAGUGAUUGAUAGCUCCUGGGAAGGUAUAAAAGCAGCUGCUUGCUGAGGUUCCUCAGAGAGCUCAGGGAACAGCCUGCCUCGUGAGCUGUGGGACUCAGAUAGGACUCAGUGCAUUGUCCUCCUCCGGCCACCCCACGCUGGACCCCCUGCUGGACCCUCCACCCUUCGGCCCUCAAGCUUCCUAGGGGCUUCCUGUGGACUGGACUGUCCCUGCUCAUCCAUUCUCCUGCCACCCUCAAACCUCCUCAGCUCCAGGUUCCUCCCUCCUCUCACCAGAGUGAUGAGGUCCCGGCUUCUGCUUUCCGUGGCCCAUCUGCCCACAAUUCGGGAGACCACAGAGGAGAUGCUGCUUGGGGUGCCUGGGCAGGAGCCUCUGCCCUCCCCUAGCCUGGAUGACUACGUGAGGUCCAUAUCUCGACUGGCACAGCCCACCUCUGUGCUGGACAAGGCCACAGCCCAAGGCCAUCCCAGGCCACCCCACAGGCCAGUCCAGGCUUGCCGGAAGGGCUACCCUGCCAUGUCCCUGCGGGAUAUCACUGCACGUUUCAGUGGCCAGCAGCCCACACUGCCCACAGCCAAUGCUGUGGACCCCCUGGACUGGCUUUUUGGGGAGUUCCAGGAAAAGCAGCCAAGCCGGAGGGACCUGCCACGGACUGGCCCCUCUGCUGGCCUCUGUGGUCCGCACAGACAUAUGGACAGUGGCAAGGCCAAAGGGGCCCCCAGAGGGAGGCUCUGUGAAGCCAGGAUGCCUGGGCACUCCCUGGCAAGACCGCCACAGGAUGGGCAGCAGGGCUCUGACCUGAGAAGCCGGACUUCUGGGCAGGCUGGCCAGGCCACAGCCUCCCCCUGCAGUCCCCGCCCGGGCAGUGUCCUCAGAACUCUCUACCUGCACCUCCCGGUUAUCCACGAACUCUGACCCUACCCAAUAAAGACUUCUGUAAAGAGCA